AGUGACGUAGCUGCCUGCGCCGCGGUGUGUUUGUGUUAGAUCCAGCAUGGCGGCCCCUCUGGAGGUGAUUCUGAGCUCUGACUCCGGAUCGCAGCUCUGGAACUGCACCGUGUUCGACCCGCACAGCGGCUCCAGCCUCCUCUCGUACCGGGGGGGCAACAGCGGAGCCCGGACCCUCUGCGUCCUGGGGGGCGAGUACCUCCUGUCCGCCCAGCUCACCAAGAACUUCAUCAACGUGUGGGAAAUCCAGAGGAAGGAUCAGCUGCAGCAGAAGAUCGUUUGUCCAGGUGUCAUCACCUGUUUGACCUCCUCACCCAACGGACUCUUCCUGGCUGCCGGAGUCUCUGAGGCCAUUUACCUGUGGGAGGUUUGUACAGGUAAGCUGAUGUCUGUCCUCAGCCGUCACUAUCAGGACAUCACCUGUCUGAAGUUCACAGACGACUCCAGUCAUUUUAUUUCUGGAGGAAAAGACAACCUAGCACUGGUGUGGAGUCUGUCCAGUGUGGUCCAGCUGGAUUUAAGCCACGGCCCCGAGCCUCGUCACGUCCUGUCUCGUCACUCUCUACCAAUCACAGACCUGCACUGUGGCCUGAUGGGAGUCCAGGCCAGAGUCGCUACAGCCUCCUUAGACCAGACUGUGAAGGUGUGGGAGUUGUCCUCGGGGGAGCUGCUCCUAUCCGUCCUCUUUGAUGUGGAGAUCAUGUCGGUGACCUUUGACCCCUGCGAGUAUUUCCUGUUCUGUGGAGGAAGUGAUGGAAACAUUUUCCAGGUGUCUCUGUGCAACCAGAUUCCCAGCCGCGAAAAAUCCUUCCAGUCGGACAAUGAAGGAAACCAGGUCUUCAAAGGACACCGGAACCUGGUGACGUGUCUCUCAGUGUCCAUGGACGGGACUCUCCUGGUCUCUGGGUCACAUGAUGAGACAGUUCGGCUCUGGGACGUCCAGAGUAAACAAAGUGUCCGCUGCUUCACUCACAAAGGUCCAGUGACGAACGUGGUCAUGAUGGCAGCUCCGGCGAACAUGUUCCUUCCUGACAGUCGACCCUCCGUCGCUCUGCCACGAUUCAGCCGACACCUGCACAGCUCUGAGGGCGACGCAGACUCGGGGGAGGUUUGUGUUCGUCUCCGCCUCCACAGACAGGACGAGGGCGAGACGUACCUGCAGAAAGCCGAGAAACUGAACCAGUUAAUGAACGCCGUGACUGACAAGUCGGUGUUUGGUGACGGUGAAAACACGAAAGUUCGAGUCGCUGAGCUCGAAGAAGAAGUUCAGACUUUGAAGAAAGUCAACAAAGAUCUGUACGACUUCUCCAGCCAGCUGCUCACCAAGCCCACAUAGACACACAUGGAGGCGCACAACUACACACCCACAACACAACACCUGUGAUACACAAAAUAAAAUCUGUUUUUUGAAGAA